AUGACCAGUCUUAGAUCAUGGAAGUUAGCCGCAAGAAUCUUCCACCAAGCCAAACUUUCCUGCAAGCAGUACCCUCCAUUGGGCAUCGCUGCCGCAGUUCAGCCCGAAAGGCGGGUCGGAAACGAAAGAAGACAAAGAAACGGCUACUCCGAAUCUGGACACGAAAAAUGCCGUAAGAACCACGUCGUCAAGGAAAGACUUACACAGCGUAACGGAGUAGGUAAACCUGAGAGUGUGCCUUCGGAAUUCUCCUCAUACAGACAAUACACUAUACCCACAGCACUCCGUUACUCCGAGAACGAAGCAGUGACCAGUCCGUGA